AUGGCGGCCCCGGGCGGGCUGGGCCGCUGCGUGGCCGCCUUCUGGCUGGCGCUGGCCUUCGACGCGGUGGGGCUGGCGGUGCUGCUGGCCGGCGUGUUCGCCGACGUGUUCUUCUCCGACCUGCUCAUCUACGCGGGCGGCAUCGGCAUCUUCCUCAGCCUGGUCUGGUGGGUGUUCUGGUACGCGGGCAACCUGGAGGUGCCGCCCGAGGAGCUGCGGGACGACGUGGGGCUGUCGGCGCCCAAGGGCCGCGGGGACACGCUGCUGCGGCGGCUGGUGAACGGCCUCAGCCUCCGCCUCACCGCCGCGCUCGCCCCCGCCCGCCCCGCCGACCUGGAGCUGCAGCGCACCGGGAGCGCCCGCGGCCACGCCGAGCCCGGCAGGAUCUGUUGAAGACACGACUACUGACGUUACUGCCCCAAAAAGUGGGGGAAAUGCUGCAAAUUAUGGAAAGAGAUUCCCUACUCAAAACAGUAGGAUUCUCUCAUUGUGGAAUAACCUCUGCAAGAUUGUGGACUCUCCAUAAAAUGGACAUGUGGAGCCAUAUAGCUGCCAAAAGCACCUAUUUCAGUGUUGGACUGGAUCUGCUUUGAAAUGGUGAAAAAAGAUCCCACAAAGUCUUUUUGAGAAAUGAAAGCUAAAGAGAAUUGAACCUGAUUCACUGAAAUAUCAGUGCAGCUUGUCAUAUAGUUGGUUUUAUUGUUUUGUUUUAAUUAUUAUUUUCAAUAACCUAAAAGGUUUGGAUAAAAAGCUCUUGCACAAUGAAAAGCUCUUGCACUGUUUUUUACCAAGGUCUGGAAGUUAAACUUACUGUGAAUUUUUAUAAUGCCAGUGCAAUACUUUUGUUUGUAAGGGUGCUUUUAAAAUGUCUAUAUUAAACUGUUGAUGCAAAGCUGCAAAUGUAGUAGAAGUUGUUUAUAGUAAAUAGUAAAUACACAAUUUGUAGGGUCUCUUGUAAAAAGUGUCAUUGUUAUUCUGAAAUAACCUGGAAUCUGAGAGUUUAUAAGUAGACAACACCAGUGAUGUUGGCAUACAAGUACAUUCUUUGUAGUUACAAAUGAUGUAAUAUGAUGACACUUGCAAGAGUCAUUUUUAGUCCAGUGACGUUGGAAAUUAUUUUCCUAAUGCUGAAGCAUUUGAGAGAGGGAACAUGACCAAAAGAAACCCUGGUGAUUAACAAGUACUCCAAGGCAUUGUAAAACAUUAACAAACAGUACUUGGAAAAAGAUUUAUAUUAAUGCUAGUGAUACCUAAAACUGUGCUAAUGAUAAAAUUCUGUGGAGAAUUUCCUCAGGAGUUGUUCUGGUUUUGAAGUAACACUAAGAGUUUGGUGCCACCAUCAGCAAAUACUGGUAGGUCUUAAAAUUUCAAUGCACAAUUGUUCUAUGCCACACCUCAUUGAAUACUAGAGGUGGAAUUAAGGAAAAUAUUUACUAAGGACACUGUGGCUGUACUUCCUUAUGAACUCUUGAAAUGUCUUUCAGUGUUUUCUUGUAAAAUUACUGGAGUAACUUAUUUUCUUUGCAUAUUCUCAUUUUUAAAUGUUUUCCAAAUUCUCUAUAUUUUAACAAAUUCAGAAGAACACUAAAUUUAAAGGUCUGAAAUGUGAUUUCUCCUUUACUAUCUGCAGUUUUUAGGAGGUGUAUGCAAUUUGUUUCCUGCUUUUAAUGGAACUGCAAUGUGACACCACUGCAGUGUUACAAUGGCCUGAUUAAAAAAACCAAACAAGCUCCUCCCUUAAAACCUGUAGAUCAGUUUUCAUUUGCAAUAAUUUUUUCAUUUCAUUUUUCCUGAACAGAAAGAUAUGCUUUUUCUGAUUCCCCAUAGUUUCACUUAUAAAGUGAAUUAUGAGAUACAGUGUUUAAUAAGUGGAAUGAUUAUUAGUAGCUAUAAAUUAAGCCCAAACUCAUAUAUGUUGUUCACAUACUUAGUCUGUGAAAACCAAAAUUUUCUUAUUCAAGUGUUGCAAUAGUAAUUGCUAGAGUGAAUUGAGCAGGCCUUUGCUUUCCUUGUAUAUUACAAUGUAAUUAAUCUUAAAUCCAAUAGCAGUACUUAAUGAUUGUUGCAUAAGAUGGCAGCUAGAGUGCAACUUCACUCAAAAGUUACGUGGAAUUCCAACUAGUUUACUAGUAUGAAUAGUAUAUGUUUUAAAAAUGAAAUAUAGGAGCUGAUCCAUCAGUUAAGGAGGAUGUGAAGCACAGAAAAGCACUAAAGCACUAGAAGGUUACUGAGAUGGUGAGUCCAAACAAUGAGACAGACAGGUCUUGCUGUGGAGCAGUGAUACCUGUUGUAAGUAUUGUAACUAGUUUCUUUUUGAAAAUGCAUCCAAUUACUGUUUCACGCAAUCAAUUUGCCUUCUAAACCAGGAAGGCUAAUACUAAACAGAAACUGGGAAUCAUCUGCAGUUACACAUUAACAAAUAUUUAACACUAUUUUAGUUUCCUUAUCAGCUCUUUUCAAUGCAGCACAAAGUCCAUUCAAAGAACUUUUAGAUUGUUAACUGGAAGGAAGCUCUUGGACACGUUUAGGACUGCUUGCUGUUACGUGAACAGAGUUGUACAGCUAAAAGAAUUCCUCUAGCCAUUGAGGGAAGUCCUGUGCAUGCUGUUUAAAAUCUUAGGCAAAAUCACAAAGAACCAAACUACUUCCAGAAGGGUGGCUACAGAAGUCUUUUGCUAGUUAAGUCUUAAAACUAGCUCAAAAUGUCAUCCUACACUCCACUAAAGGAAAAAUACCAACUUCCAGCUUCUAACUAUGUAGAUGGAUUAAAUGCUUGUUAGACUUUAAACAUGGACUGCAUCUAAUGGAAGAUUUCAUGUGAUAUAUAGUGUCUACUUAAAUGGGAA